ACUUCCUAACGGCUACCUUUCGCAUUCCAGAUGCCAAUGAUGUUUGUUUCAGUAGUUGUAGAUUCAGUUUGUGGUAUCGGCUGCAGUAUUAUGAGUUGAUUGUACGAUGCAAGACUUCCACCGCUCGCUAAAUUCAGGUCCUGCAUGAUGUCACGACUUAAGCGCCAUUCUGGAACUUCAUUUCAGCGCCCACAUAAGAUUGAGCGCGUUUUUGCGUAAUGUUCAAACCUAUUACAAGGCCCUGACUACGGAGAGAUCAAUACAGUCUGAAAAUUUCUUUUCUCGUACCGAUAUGCAGACCAACUACUUCGUCUGCACCCUUGGACAAGCUGCCAGCUUGAACAGCCGGCCCAAUCCGUACACUACGAUAGGCCAGUUUGUUGGCUACCAAGCACAACACCACCCGUACCUGCCAGCCGUUGGUUUUCCUGUACCACAGUCGAAACAGGAGAGAUGGAACUACAAAGUCCUCGCCUUCGGAGAUGUUGAACAAGGCACGAACGUAUUUGCGGAAAGAUUACUACAAGCUUUGGGCAAAUCUCCAAAUGGUCCAGAAACAGUAGCGCUUUUAUGUCACAGCUCGCCAGAGUUCCUCUUCGCGUGGCUGGCAUUGAUGAAGUUGGGUUACUCGGUACUACUGAUCGCACCUCAAUGUCAACCUGCUGCCAUUCUACAUCUUUACAAAUCCUGUAAAGCCUUGGCCUUCUUCUAUGACAUCGCACAUGCGGACCGGGCAGAGCAAACUUUCAGCCUGGCAAGAGAAGAAGACGUGACUAGCUUCACUGCCAAGUUACUGCCGCUGCGUGAAGGAGAAGACAUCUAUCAGGCCAUCAGCGAACCAGUGGAGCCAAGCUUCGAGACGCCCACUUUGGAUCAGACAGCAGUUGCAUAUCUACACCACACCUCAGGAACCUCAUCUGGUUUGCCAAAACCCAUACCGCAGUCUCAUCGAGCAGGACUGGGGGUUCUUCCUCAUCUUCCGAAGAUACCUGUGAAGGCAACUUUCACCACAACACCCCUUUACCAUGGAGGAAUCGCCGACUUGUUUCGAGCAUGGACCAGUAACGCACUCAUUUGGCUGUUUCCAGGCAAGGACAUACCUAUCACGGCUCGGAAUAUCUGCAACAGUCUGGAAGUAGCAGCAUCGUAUUCCUCCACGGAAGGGCUUCCGGGAGUAAAGUACUUCUCGUCGGUACCAUACGUGCUACAGAUGAUGGAAUCUGACGAGCAAGGGUUGGCUCUGCUGCAAAAGAUGGACAUUGUUGGUGUUGGUGGCGCAGCGUUACCGGCGGAAGUUGGUGAUCGUCUUGCAAAGAGUGGAGUGAACCUGAUCUCAAGAUUUGGAAGUGCUGAAUGCGGUUUUGUCAUGUCAUCGUUCCGCGACUUUUCAGCAGACAACGACUGGCAGUAUCUGCGAAACUACAAUCCGGCGAAGCUCUUGAGCUUUGAGCCACGAGAAGAUAACUUGACUGAGCUUGUGAUCAAGCCGGGCUGGCCACACAUGGCCAAACAAAAUCGCCCAGAUGGAUCCUUCGCAACUGCGGACCUAUUCGCCCCACAUCCCACAAUCCCAGAUGCAUGGAUAUAUAACUCCCGUGCUGACUCUCAGUUAAUACUCAUCACGGGCAAGAAGUUUGACCCUACGCCGCUUGAGGAUGCAAUAGCCACCUCACCCCACCUGGACGACGUUUUGAUAUUCGGCACAAAUCGACCUUACCCAGGAGCGCUAUUGCUACGAUCUCAACAAGCCAGCGGAAUGAGUGAUCAAGGCUUGCUUGACACAAUCAAGCCUGCAGUAGAGAAGCUCAAUCGCGAUAGCCAGGACCAUGCUAGGAUACCAUACAACAUGCUGAUCCCUCUACCACAUCAGGAACCACUCGAGAAGAGCAGCAAGGGGACUCUUAUUCGAAGAGUGGCAGAGGCCAGAUUCGAGGACAUUAUCAACCGUGCUUACGAUGAGCAAGACUCAAAUCAGUCGGUUGAUGUGUCUGACGAAGAACUGCCGCAACACCUCAAGGGGCUGAUACAGUCUAUCACGUCCCAGACUGCGGAGUUGACGGAUGAUAUGGACCUGUUCUCGUAUGGAGUUGAUUCCAUCGCAUGUAUGCAGCUUCGAACACGACUAAGAGGGCUAAUACCCAAUUGUGACAAACAUCUGCCGAUGAGCGUUAUCGAAGACUGUGGCUCAAUCAAAUGUCUGACUGACUACGUGUUGCGAAGGAGACACGGAGAGUCUGGUGUCGUCGAGGAGGAUGAAGAACAGUUGAUGAAGGACCUGGUCAAACAGUACGGUUCGUUUGACGAACGUGCCUUACAACCUACUACAAACGGUCAGCCCGAGGAUGGCAAGAAGGGGGAAAUUGUUGUGUUGACUGGAGCCACUGGUGCUCUUGGAGCGCACAUCUUGGAUCUCCUUCAGAAGGCUGAGACAGUCCAAAGCAUCUACUGUCUGGUAAGAGGAGCGGACGAGCAUGCAGCAAAGGAGCGAGUCAGCAAGGCCCUCGAGCAAAGAGGCUUGACGAGUCUACUCGUGUCUGGCGUGGCCAAUGACAAGGUCAAAGUGGUUCCAGCACAACUCAGCGACGAGCGCCUUGGGAUGAGCGACAAGCUAUACAAGCAGCUGGCCAAGGAAGCAACAUGCAUCAUUCAUGUAGCGUGGACCGUCAAUUUCCGCCUCAAACUACGAAGCUUCGUCAAAGACAACAUCGCAGGUGUCCGAAACCUCCUUGAUCUUGCUUUAAGCGCGGGACGCAGUAACCCUCCACGCUUCGCUUACUGCUCAUCCACGGCCGCCAUCAUGCAUGGUGAGCUAGAUCAGUCCGGUUGCUGGCCCGAGAAGCUUCUCUCCAAUCCCUCGUCAGCUUCUCCACUUGGCUACUCGCGGUCGAAGUGGGUUGCAGAGCACAUCUGCGCUGAGGCAGACAAGCGGACGAGUCUUCGAGGUCGGAUUGCUGUCGUCCGUGUUGGGCAACUCGCUGGAGACUCAACAUCAGGGGUAUGGAAUACUAAGGAGGCAUGGCCAAUGAUGUUGAGCACUGCAAACAUCAUCAAAUGUCUGCCUAAUUUAGGCGAUGAGGCUUUGGAUUGGCUGCCUGUGGAUAUCGCGGCGCAAGCCUUCCUCGAGUCGAUAUGGGAGGGGAACUGCGGCCAGGAGAACAUACCUGUCUAUCACGUCUUGAAUCCGCAUCGUCAGCCUACUUGGCACGACAUGCUGCUUUGGCUGAGGAAUAAGGCAGACUUCGAGAUUGUCUCGCCCCAGGACUGGCUUCAGCGACUGGAGGAAAGCGAUAUCGAGCAUCCAGCGAAGAAACUGCUAGGCCUGUGGAAAGAGGCCUAUGGUAACGGUGUACAAAGAUCCUCGUCCCAGAGACCGCAAUUCGCAAUGGAGGAGAGCAAAAAACAUGUGCCGGUCUUAGGGAAUGUAAAGCCGCUUGACGAGGCAUAUGUGCAGAGGUUGUGGGUGUGGGCGCAAGCGAAUGUACGCUGAGUAAGAUGCACAUAUUGUGGUGGGUCGCACCUUCUCACAGCGUUCACCGACGAUUCAACAGUCGGGAGCAUGAGGUUCAUUCUGCGAUGAUACGUAAACCGACAACAGGCGAAAAACGGACGCUGUUGUUGAUCCAAGACUUGCUAUUGUGCCAUCAAUGCAAUGAAACAAACUCUUGAAUACUGUUUAGACUCUUGGUAUGCGGUUUCCAUCUUUAGCAAUUUGUCCACGUGUGAACCGCAUACUACAGCUGCAUUU